UAGUUAUCAUGCAUUUUAUGAUCAUUAUGAUAAUUGGAUAAGCGUCACGGUACCUUGGAUUUGUUCGCUAUUUAUGUAUAAAAGAGUUGGAAGUGAACUCAAUCAAUAUCAUUCGCAUCCUGCUCUUCGAGAUCAGCACACAAGCCAAAAAUCAACAUGAAGUUCCUGAUUGUCUUCGUCGCCCUCUUCGCCCUGGCCGCCGCCGGCUCCUUCAGCAAGGAAGCUCAGAUUGAGAGGCAGUACUCCGAUGUCGGACCUGACGGCUUUUCCUAUGAAUUUAAGACCAGCGAUGGUUCCUCUGCUCAGUCCACCGGACAGCUGAAGAAUGCUGGAACCAAGGAGGAGGCCAUCUCCGUCAAGGGUGCCUACUCCUUUGUGGCCGAUGAUGGAGUCACCUACACCGUCAACUACAUCGCCGAUGAGAACGGAUUCCAGCCCCAGGGUGCCCAUCUGCCCGUUGCCCCAGUCGCUUAAGCCAUCCAAAGAGUUGAAAUAAAUUGUUUA